AACAGGGAAAUUACUAUUUGCAAAUCUUUGCUACGCCCUCAUGUGACUACAGAUAGCUUGGGUUUUUGUCUCAAAUCACAGAGGAAACUAGAGUGUGGGAAUCCAAGCAUGUAACAUCGCAAAAGAAAAUAAAGAAGCAAACGCAGAAAAGUGUGGAAUUUAUGCAACAAGAGAUCUUUAAGAAGCAGAAAAGCUGAAAAACAAGGGAACAAAACAUCAAGAAAAAAAAAAAGACACUGCUGUUAUGAAAUGUAAGAUCUCCAGAAAUUCUGUGUAACUCAGGUAAAGAUGAACUCAAACUUUCCUUUGCCCCGUCCCCUGAGAAAAUCUACUAGUCUGUCACCUGCUAAAACACUGCGGAUUGUCAUGUUGGGUCAGAGUGCUGUUGGAAAAACAGCUAUAACAGUGAGGUUCAUCACUAGAAGAUUUAUUGGUGAUUAUGACCCAACGUUAGAAACAAUAUACAGACAUGCUGCUAUUAUGGAAGGAGAGUUUGUAAAUUUUGAAAUUCUGGACACUGCAGGUCAGGAAGAGGAUUCAUUGCAAAUUGAAGAAAAAAUCAAAUGGGGUGAUGGAUUUUUAAUCGUCUACUCUGUGACAGACAGAUGCAGUUUUGAUGAAGUGAUGAGGCUGUGUUUCCUUGUUAAUCACAUACAUUCAAACUCAAAAAAAGUUGGCACUGAUCAGCCACCUGUAGUGAUUGUUGCUAACAAAAAGGACCUUGAGUUCGACAGGAUGGUUUCUACUGAUGAUGGCGAAAAUCUGUCAAGGGCACUAAAGUUUCCCUUUUAUGAGAUCUCAGCAAGGGAUUGUGUUGAAGAUACUGUGCUGGUUUUCAGUGCAGUGUACAAUGAGUUUAUAAAACAGACAGCUACUUCUCCUUGCCCUUUCAAGAAAAAAACUGUGUCUAAGCUUAUUGAAAAAAUUCCAAAGAUUCAGGCUAAUUCAGUACUGGCCUCAAGCGGCAGAAGUUUUAGCUUUAACUCAUUCAAAGACUACACAUCAGAAUAAGCAGAGGCAAGGGACUCACAUACUAAAGGUGGACUACAUGAUGGAACACACACUGUACUUCUGAGGUCUUAACAAACUGGUGUCAGUGUGUUGUUUAUUGUUUCAUGAGGACCUUACAGAAAUUAUCUUUAGCAAUCUAUGGACCUACAUUGUCACUGCACACAGAAUGAGUAUACAAGUCUGUAUCUCAGUCAAGGAAAACAAUUUAAGCAAAUACUUUUAGUUCUAAAAGAGCAUUUUAAAGAAGCCAUCUGCAUGAAAUCUUCAAAAUCAUAUGUUAUGCACUACAAUGAUUUUUAAUAGACUUAUAUAGAUCUAGUACAUGCUUUGCUCUGUCUCAUAUUAGGUGUUUUCCUGAAUUGUUCUGCUGCAGUUAAAGCUGUUUUCCUUCCUGUAAUCUUUGUCUCACUCUGGAUUGCUCUACAGUUCCUUCCUGCUGCCUUGUUUUAUGUAAAUACAGCCCAUUUCAUGGACUCAGACAGUACUGCCCAAUAACCAUGGCUACAUUUACAGCCAGAAUCAGCAGGAAUUACAAAAGGGGGAAAAGUUCACAUGUACAAAAACAGUGCAUACUGAAUAUCAUUUAUGGUUCAGAGCUGAUGCAGUAAUUUAGAUUUAGUAAUGACUUAGAUAAAGUGCUUUGGGGAGGACACUGUCUGUAGUUCAGAUGCCAUAUUAUUUGUUUCAAAUAACUCCAUGUGACAAGUUACUUGAUCAUCUAACCUACAACAUUUAGUUAAUCUGAUGCAACUAGUAUUAAAAAAUCUAUUUCUGUCAUAAUACAACAGUAUUGUUUUCAAAAAGUUUAUGUUUCAAAUAAUGUUAAAGUAUUUGUUAUAAUUUCAUUGUCUGUACAUUAUCUGUAUAUUGGAGAUUUGAACAAAUACAAAAUGAUUAUAUCUGCUUUAUUUAACUUAAACUGUCUGUAUAACACUUCUCUUAUCUGAUUAGUUCUUCAAAGGAUUCAUUGCUUUAGGUGAACAUUUUACUUCCUUGCUUUGAAGUGCUUUAAGUCUUAAUUAUAUUUAUUUAAUGACAUAAAUCUGUGUGAUGGUCCUUGUAUUUCUAAUGCAUUAAUGCCUACUUAUAAAAAGAAAAAUGUGAUACC